AUGGAUGAUCCUAAUAGAAUGAUGGCGCAUAGCGGUGGCCUCAUGGGACCGCAGGGCUAUGGAUUGCCUGGUAGCGAAGGCACUCCUACUACAGGCGACAAUGAGGCAAGGAAGCAGGAUAUUGGCGAGAUAUUACAGCAAAUAAUGAAUAUAACAGACCAGAGUCUAGAUGAAGCUCAGGCCAGAAAGCACACUUUAAACUGUCAUAGAAUGAAACCUGCCUUGUUUUCAGUGCUGUGUGAAAUUAAGGAAAAAACUGUUUUGUCGCUUCGCAAUACGCAAGAAGAGGAGCCACCAGACCCUCAGCUGAUGAGAUUAGACAACAUGUUGAUAGCAGAGGGUGUAGCAGGUCCUGAAAAGGGUGGAGGAGCAGGUGCUGCAGCCUCGGCUUCGGCUGCUGCUGGAGAAUGGGGCACUGUGGCCCAAGCAGAUAACGCGAUCGAGCACUCGGACUACCGUGCGAAGUUGGCGCAGAUCCGUCAGAUUUAUCAUCAGGAGCUUGACAAGUAUGAAAAUGCCUGCAAUGAGUUCACAACUCACGUCAUGAAUCUCUUAAGAGAGCAGAGCCGUACUCGGCCCAUUACUCCAAAGGAGAUUGAGCGUAUGGUGCAGAUUAUUCACAAGAAGUUCAGUUCCAUACAAAUGCAGCUGAAACAAUCGACUUGUGAGGCUGUCAUGAUACUUCGUUCACGUUUCCUGGAUGCGCGCCGAAAGCGCCGCAACUUCAGCAAACAAGCAUCGGAGAUUCUCAACGAGUACUUCUACUCGCACCUCUCCAACCCCUACCCCAGUGAGGAGGCUAAGGAGGAGCUGGCUCGCAAGUGCGGCAUCACGGUCUCGCAGGUCUCCAACUGGUUCGGCAACAAACGUAUCCGUUACAAGAAGAACAUUGGCAAGGCACAGGAGGAAGCCAAUCUCUACGCCGCUAAGAAGGCCGCUGCAGGCGCAUCACCGUACUCGAUGGGGGCGGCGUCUGGCACGGCCACGCCCAUGAUGUCUCCGGCGCCCACGCAGGACUCCAUGGGCUACUCUCUGCCGGCCCCGCCCUACGACCAGCCGCAGCCGCCCUACGACGGCUCCAUGGGAUAUGAUCCUAUGCACCAGGAUCUUUCGCCAUAG